CAGAAGUGGACUUCAUACGUAACUAUUGACAUUACAUAAGGGCACUUUAGUGUGGAUCUCCCUGUGCAACUUCCACAGAUCACAGACAGACAAGAACUUGGAGCAAGCUCUCAGACAGCCAGGUUACAAAGAUAGAAAAAGGGCAAAACACAUUUCAGGGCAACUGGAGCACUCAGGCUUCAGGAGGAUUUCAGGAGAUUCUUCUUCUUGGGUUUCAGAAGUUUGAGAGGAUUCAGGCUGAAAAGAGAGACAACACAAAAUACUUCCUGGACAGAUAAAGACACAAGAAAUUUAUGAUGACAGACUGACCAGGGUGUGUACACAGUGACUGUUGGCUUGAGCUUUAACCCACAGGGAUUUAAAAAAGCAAACAAGCUGUGAAUGCUUGACAAAGCGUCAGGAGCCAGCUGGGAGAGGAACAAAACUACAGGAGGAAACACUCCAGCUCAGUCAGAUCUUGACUUCUGGAGCUUGAUAUCUGAAAGUCAUGUCGCAGGAGAAAGACAUAACCUACAGCGAGGCCAUUGAGAAGGCCACAGCCUCCAUCACCCGCUUUCCUCUCAUCCCUGUCAGAGGAAUUCCUCUCAUGAACUACAUCGCGCAGAACUGGGACUCCAUUUGGGCUUUCCGACCGGACCCCUCAGACCUCCUCAUCGCCACUUAUCCCAAAGCAGGCACAACAUGGACUCAGGAGAUAGUCGACCUGCUUUUUCACAAUGGAGAUGCUGAAGCGUGCAGACGAGCACCCACACCUGUCCGCAGCCCUUUCCUGGAGAUCUGCUCCCCACCACCCAUCCCUUCAGGUCUUGAUCUUCUCAGACAGAUGGACCCCCCAAGAGUUAUCAAAACACAUCUUCCCAUUCAGUUGGUGCCUCCUGGGUUUUGGGAAAACAAGUGCAAGACUAUCUAUGUGGCACGCAACGCCAAGGACAACAUGGUGAGCUACUUCUACUUUGACUUAAUGAACCAGACCCAGCCUGAACCCGGGCCCUGGGAGGGAUACAUCCAGAAGUUCAUGAGAGGAGAAUUGUCCUGGGGCUCCUGGUAUGACCAUGUGAAAGAUUACUGGGUGGAGAGAGAGAAAAAGAACAUCCUUUAUCUGUUCUAUGAAGACAUGAAAGAGAACCCUCGGCGGGAGGUGGAGCGCAUCAUGAGGUACCUGGACCUGUCGCUCUCUGAUGAUGUCAUCAGUCGAAUUGUGGAGCUCACGUCGUUUAAGAACAUGAAGGAGAACCCGAUGGCCAACUACUCCUGUGUCCCCAAACCUGUUUUUGACGAGUCCAUCUCUCCGUUCAUGAGAAAAGGUGAAGUUGGUGAUUGGACAAAUCAUUUCACACCCGAGCAGUCAAAGAUGUUUGAUGAAGAUUAUGAGAAGCAGAUGAAAGGAGCAAACAUACCAUUCAGGACCCAGAUCUAACAGAUCUUCAGGGAAUCUAUCAGCUAAUGCAGCUCUGCAAAAGAAGGACCAAAGAGCUGAUGCUUUGCAGCAAAGAAAAUAUUACACUAGCUUAGAGCCGAAUGACAAAUGAAUGAGUGAAAUGUAAUAAGGAAUUUAAAAAAUAUAUUUUUAUCACUGCACUUUGGAGUGAUGCAAAGGAACAUCAACCAAAUCAAUAAAAAUGUGUUCCACAAUGUGA